GGCCAUAUUAGUUGAAUUUGUGACAGCAGCGUAACGGGUUACUGGUCACGCAACAGGGCCAACAAACUGCUGUUAUACGAUGGAGUCGGAAACCUUGGUUGCUAAAGGAUCGGCACUAGGAUGCUGUUGCUGGGUCAUGCUGGGGCUCACCUACAUAUUCGUGUCAAUCGUUUUGCUCAAAAAUCCGUCAAUUCUACAUAAGAAAAAGAAACCUAAGUUCACAUGUGUCCACAUCAGUCAUCGUGGAGGUGCCUUCGAACGACUGGAGAAUACAAUGGAAGCAUUCGAGCAUGCGGUACAUGACUGCGGCACGGAUAUGCUUGAGAUUGAUGUCCACCUCACCCUAGAUAAACAGGUAGUCGUUAAUCAUGAUCUUUCGCUCCUCCGAACAACCGGUAUUGAUAAGAAUAUUAACCAGCUCAACUAUAAGGACUUUCCACCACUUUGCUCGUCAUUGGAUGUUGAAUUUAUGGACGGUAAACCCUGCAAUCCGAUGCGCGAGGGUAUUGACCGGCGGAUUCCACUUCUGAGGGAUGUCUUUGAACGAUUCCCAACCAUUCCCAUGAACAUCGACAUCAAAGACAACGACGAUGAGUUAAUCGAAGCGGUCCAUUCGCUCAUCGAGGAGUUCGGUCGGCAGGAGCUCACUGUGUGGGGAAAUAUUUCCUAUACCGUCACGCAAAAGUGCUACAAACGGAAUCCGUCUAUUCCGAUUUUUUUUUCGGCCGCGCGCGUUGCUUUACUUGCGUUUUUUGCUUGGACGGGACUACUUCCAUUUGUUCCACUUCGUGAAACUUGUCUUGCGAUACUCCAUCCUAUAGCACUAGAACGAAACUCUGAAUUCAGACAAGCGGCUAUUUCCAAUCGUCUCUACUGGGUGGCGCUGAAGGUGAUUGAUCUCAUUUUGAUGAGGCCAUUCAUUUUUGAUCACCUCAGAAAACGAGGCAUUCAGGUAUUUUUUUGGGUGUUCAAUGAUAAGGAAGGAUUUGCCCGCGGCUAUGAACUAGGAGCAACCGGAGUUAUGACCGACUGCCCAACCCUGCUCCAAACAUACCUCAAGCACAAUCCGCACAUUGUUACUUCCAGAAAACAAGGGGCGAAUACCGACUAGAUCGAUCAGAUAACCAAUGAUACAAACAGUGGUGGAUAUAGAAUAACUUAAAGUAUACGGGCAACACAGAAAUUUCACCUGCACAGCUGUUUACCUACACGGAUCUUUGGAAUAUAGGAUCUUUAUAGUGCAACUAUGGUAUGAGAUGGCUGCCACAAGCAAGGGUCGCAUUGCGGGAAGAAGCUGUUGUUGAGAAGAAUAUGUAGAUGUCAGAUUGUUUCACCUUCUACUAAUCGGCUAUACCAUUUAUUUAGGUAUGCAUGCCUAUGUAAGGCCCGAAAAUGUCUCCCUCCUAAAUGCGUCCGUAACAAGAACAGACUUGUACUGCCUUCUACCUUUUUCUGCUGUCGUUUUGCUGCUGACCUGAGCACGAGCUCUAACAAACUAGUUUGACUCAUAUUGUUUUUACAUACACUAACUACAUUUAUAUUUUAAAAGGUACCUACUUGACAAAACAGUUUACGUCGCGAAAGAUGCGACGAAAAACACCCUAGCUCCGAGUUUUCGAAAGUAUAUUUUUUAAAACCUAAUCUAUAUAUCGCGUUAUGCAGAGGCUCAGAUUAUUUGUAGACCUGGUUUUAAUAGAUGAAAAGAAAUAAAUGUAGGCUACUGGAGAGAAGCGUUGUCGUUGUGUUCGCAGAUGCAUGGCGGUAUGCACUAAUCGAACAGUGGUUAUUACAAUGUGCAUAUAGGUACGCUUGAAAA